AUGCCAAAGCCCCAAGGCGGUAUUAAAUGGUAUACCAUCGCUUUCCUGAUCUACGGUAUUCCUACUAUAUUUUUGACCGUCUGUUUGUUCAUUCUGCUCUGUUUCCACAAAGCUUUCAAGAGCUCUUUUUACAGACUCGUCCAGAUAAACUUCCUCGUGGUAAGCGGAACAAAGAAAUGUGCCUGGGAAACUGUUUCAGAGUGUUGCUUGUUACGCCAACACCUGGUAUUCGCUUCGGUUGCCACUUGAGAAUGCUGGUUACAGUUUCAUCCUCAGCAUUGAAAGACAUCUACCCGGAACUAUGACAUGGGCGCAGUUUCUGCUCGCUUGGUUUUUUCUUAGCUGGAGUUUCGAACUUCCGACGUCAAAACUUUUUUAGGUUCUUCCAUAUGCAAAACAUAACGACAUUCACGCUUUGCCUUCAUCGACUCACUUCGACAAUUUUCUCGAAUUGUGCUGAUAAAGUGAAAAAAUGAUGAAAGUUUUUCUUAAACUCUGAACAUUUUAGUUCUGGAGACGCUACUAUUUAUUGUUUUUUGUGGGAUCAGGACUUCUGAGCACAUUGUUCAUGAGUCCGUGGAUUUUCGGAGAGCGUUUCCUACUCGUAAAAAUAUUGGACGGGAACUAUGUGCAGAAUCUCCAUCCGGUGAGAAACUUCCCAUUCAAGUCAAUAUGUUUCGGGCUCAGCAACAGUUCGAGCUUCUCACGCAGUACAACUUUCUCUGCGCUCUCUUAUAUUUUACGGUUAUACCUUUGACUGCAGUAUGGUCAAACAUCCUGAUAUCAAGAAAAAUGCGAGGUUAUUUUCAUAUUUCUUGACUAAUAAAUAUGCGAAGUUCAGCCGUCGGCUACACUGCAGCGGAGAGAUAUUCUCAAAAGCUGUCCCGCAUAACUUUUGCCAUUUCUUUGGUGCACUUUGGCAACUUUUCCUAUACGGUUCUUUAUUUUUCAUUGAGAGUAAUUAAAGUUUCCAUUGAAGAUAGAAGAAGGGAUAGCGACAACUUUUGGAAUUCGCUUGAUUCCAGCUGAUACGGUUGGAAUUUUUGUUUCGUUUGCUUCUGAUGCCGUGAGUUUACUAGAAAUUGAAUGAAACCAGUGAAGCAAAGUUAAGGUAACGCUGGCCUUGCCGUAUAUCCUGCUACUCUUCGAUUCUAAUCUAAGACAAGUUCUGCGCAGAUCGGUUGCUGUCACACCGCAUUUAGUGGUUAUAACUUGA